AUGGCGACCGCCACUGAAAUCGAAAACAGGCUGAGUGUAGCGAAUCUUUUCGAGCUACAAGACAAUGAGAGACUCGUGGAGUCUAAUUCCCAUGUUCCUGGCCGAACUAUGUUCAAGGGAAGAGACAGCAAUACUUUAUCUUUGUUAAAUGCAUUAAGAGUCGAAGGAGAAGCAGGUUUCUGCGAUAUCAUCCUGGAGGUAGAGGGACGUCAGCUGACAACACAUCGUUGUAUUUUGGCGGCCAACAGCCAGUUCUUUUACACCAUGUUCGGUAGCGGUAUGAAGGAAUCAAACCAAAAGAUUUUGAGCCUGUAUUCAGUUAGUUUUACAGCUAUGUCGCUUAUUCUCGAUUAUUUUUAUACCCGUGAAAUCCUCGUCGAUGAGGACAACGUUUUAGAUUUGCUACAUGCGUCGAGUUUCUUACUUGUAAUACCAGUGAAGAACGCCUGUAUAGAAUUGCUCUCCAAACAGCUUACAAGUGAGAACUGUUUUAGCAUUCUUCAGGUAGCAGAGCAGUUUGGUGCGGACGUGCUGGCAAGAAAGGCAAAGAAUUUUAUCAAGGUAAACUUUUCCAUUGUAGUAAAGAAUGAAGAAUUUGCGUCGAUUCUGCAAAAUGAUUUGGUGUCCUUUAUUUCUGAUGAUGAGAUUCAAGUGGAGAAAGAGGAGGAGGUUUAUCAAUGUGUGUUGAAGUGGGUUGAACACGAUGAGGCCAAUCGUGCCCCUGCUUUACCGGAGCUACUGAAGCACUUAAGAAUGGCUUCUCUUCCAAAAGGAUUCCUUCAGUCAAGCAAAGAACCACUUUUGAAGGCAGCUAAAAUUCUCACUGUUCCUGCCCCAAAGAAAGUGAAAAAGAGAACAUGGACAAGGAAAUCCAGAAAAGCAAAGGAUAUGAAAUCUGUUUUAGAGAAGCAGGUGAGGCCAUCAACAGAGAUGCAUGAUGUUCUUGUUGGUGUUGGAACUGGAGACUGCUGUAAAGCAUUUUGUUAUGAUUUCAAAAAAAAGGAGCUUUUUUCCAUGGCAGACUUGUCACUCUUUCGGUAUGAUCGACAUUUGGCAGUAGUUGGACGGACCCUGUAUUUAGUAGGAGAACAAAAGUAUGGAACUGAGGGUGUGAAAAGGGUCAGUGCCAUGUGUUUAGAUGAUACAAAGAAACUGUGUUCUACACCAGGAGUUAAAGUUCAACUUGAAUGGAAAGCAAAAGCAUCCUAUAAAGAACUUGGAGCAAAGGGAUCCCUUGUUGCCUUUCAUGAGCUUUUGUACUACAUUGGUGGAUGGCAAGCAUCUGGUUGCUGUGGUAAAGUGGAGUGUUACAAUCCAGAAUUGGAUGAGUGGAGUACUUGUGCAGGACUUGAUACACCCAGAUGUUGGGCUGGCUGUGUGGCAACUGAGUCCCACAUUUACAUUGUUGGUGGAGGAACAAGUUAUAAUAGAAAUACAACACUUUCUAGUGUUGAAAGGUAUGACCCAGAUAAGGAUUCUUGGUCUUAUGUUGCUCAUUUGAGAGAAGCCAGGUCAAUGCCAGGGUGCGUGUUCUGGGGUGACAAGAUCUAUGCCAUUGGAGGAAUUGAUCCAAGUGGAGUUCAAACCACCAGCUGUGAGGUGUAUGCCCCUAGAAUCAACGAAUGGCACACCAUUGCAAAACUGCCCUACCCUCAUUGUCCAGUCAACAAUGUUAUCAUUGUUAAAAACCAGGUUACUGUUCCUCUCCAACCUGAGACCACAUCCUUCUCCUGCGAUGCUGUGAAGUACAAUGUAAGGUCCAACAAGUGGCAGAAAGUUAAAAACCUCACCAUAAGUGACAAGAUAGGCUCCUUUAACCUUCAAACCAUUAAGUUACCACAACUGAUUUUACAAAGAAUGUGUAAAGAAUAUUGGCCAACAGAUUUCUUUGCAGAUUGGAGAGAUUCUGAUGAUGAGGAUGAUGCCUAUUUUGACAGUGAUAGUGAAACUUCAAGUUUUGACUGGAAUUGGAAUUCAGCUAGUGAUUUUGAUGAUUACCAUAUAGAGUCUGAAGGUGAAUUUGAUUACUUGUUUUUCUAACCACUGUCAAAUUUUCCUAAACCCUGAAGAUACAGGUGAUGCAGGAUAUGCCUCUGGCUGCUUUAAAUACUCUAACCCCUAAAAACUGUUUUGCAUUUUCCCUUUAAAUUGCCAAGCAUCUUUGUGUAAAUUGGUUCAGAGAAUUUGGGGUUACUACAGAGAAACAUCCUUGAGCUUAUAGCUUAUAUGUUUUCAUCUUAAGCUGGCUUUUAACUUAGUGUUAAUGUAGGAAGGAGUUACCUGUCAACCACUGAGUGGAGUAAAGGGUUGUGAUUUCUCUUUGGAUAUAACUACAAGAAUGUGUAGCCAAUGGCUGUGAUUUUUUCAAUGUUUUAAUCUGGCCUGAGGUUGUAGAUUGGUAUUGAGUUUGCUUGUAGGUCUAGAUAUGUGAUUGGAAUUGAGUUCUCUUAAUGCCAGAUUGACUUUUCAUAAUAUUUUAACAAGUUACAUAGGACAAGAAAAAUUAGCUGGUAGCUGGUUAGGGUUGAUUAGUGCUGAUUUACUGAUUAGUGCCAAAUUGAGCUUUCAUAAUAUUCCAAUAAGUUGCAUAGAACAAGGAAAAUUGAGUGAUUGUUCUCCUAAGGUAAUGGUGUUGGUUUAGACUUGAAUUUUGGAGCUCUAAGAGUAAGGAUGCCUUAAACUUGUGGCAAAGCUAUAAUGUACUUUUCUUAACUGGUUUUUUCAACUUCCUUGUUAUACAUUUUUUUUUUUGUGAUUGAGAACUUUUGCAUGCAAGUGAAGAAUUGUUCAUUAGAAUAGCACAAACCCACAUGAGCCACCAUUGCUCUGUGAAGCAGAAGAAAGAAGCAAUUAAUCAUGUUGAAUAGUUUUGUUAAAAGACGUCAGACUACCAGUGCUUUGGGGAGAUUUUGGUUGCAGUGGUUAACAGAAGAUUUUUUCAGAUAUUUCACAAAAUGUCCCCUGGUUGGUGACCAAGCUUUUGUUUUUUUUAAAUCUGCUUUUGUUUUUUAAUCUGCAGUCCAUUAUUUUACUUCAGGUGGCCAAAUGGCAGCCUUGUAAUGAGUUAAGCUUGGAGCCUUGGCAGUGUUACUGUUAAUGUAAUAUUUGUUUGUGUGGUCAAUUGAUUUGGUCAUGUUUAUUGUUGAAGAUACUUUAAUCAGUUUUAUCAACAUAUCUUUGUUGUAAAAGAGGCUGCUUUUAAUUUUUUAACAUUUUAUUGGCCAAUAAAAAAAACCUUAGGCAAAAAAGAGAAAUUGGAAGGUGGAUUUAGUUAUUUGAAAUACUUCAGCAGAUUAGGAUGUCAUCAAUAUAAAUACAAAUUUUUUUGUCUGGUGUUAAUUAUUGAGGAGCUUAGUAUUUUGUUAAUAUGUUGUUUGUAAUUUAGGACUAAGAGCUAAAUAGACUUUCACAUCUUUCUAUUGCUGGAGAGAAAUUAAAUGUUUCUCAUUCAAAGAUAAGCUAUUAAAUUGGUAAA